CAGAGAGCGCUACGACUCCCGCCCAGCAGGGGGCGCUGUCGCUUUCCCCCGAAGUUCUGACAGACCAGCAGCGCUUCCGUAUUACAGUGGAUCGAGCCAACGGCCGGUGACUUCUGCGGGUGUUCAUCCGGCUCCGUGGACUUUGGUCCCGGUGACAAGCGGACACUUUUGUCGGGCUUUUAGUGGCCAUCAUCUGGGAUGUCAUUCUCUGAGAAGCCGCCUCCCGGUAGGCUGCUGCUGGACGAUACGGUGCCGCUGACGGCGGUGAUCGAAGCCAGCCAGAACCUACAGUCCCACACGGAGUACAUCAUCCGAGUCCAGAGGGGCGUGUCUUCAGACAACAGCUGGCAGGUGAUUCGCCGUUACAGUGACUUCGACAUCCUCCACAGCAGCUUGAUGGUGUGUGGCAUCAGCCUCCCUCUCCCUCCAAAGAAGCUGAUUGGAAAUAUGGACAGAGAGUUCAUUGCUGAGAGGCAGAGAGGGCUGCAAACAUAUUUGGACUCCAUUACCCAGCAUCCCCUGCUCUCAAAUUCUCUGACAGUCAAAAAGUUUUUAGACCCCAGCAACUACUCUGCUAACUACACAGAAAUCGCACUUCAACAGGUCUCCAUGUUCUUCAGGUCGGACCCAAAGUGGGAGAUUCUGGAGCCCCUCAGGGACAUGGGCUGGAGGAUCAAGAAGAAGUACUUCCUGGUUAAAAACAAAGAGCUGCCCAAAGAGAAGUACCUUCUGAGCUGGGUGGAUCUGGGUCCUGAUAAGGUCUUGUCGGACAAGGACCUGCAGUCGGCCAUGAAGCUGCUGACCAGCUUUUCUACGCCGUACCUCUGUCCGCUGUUGUUCUCCAAUGUGAGUGAGUCCUCUGCUCUGCUCAUCCGGCCCUUCAACGAGAGCGGCUGCCUGAGAGAUCACAUCUGUAAGGUGAAGCCCAGAGACAGUUACCUGAAGAAGUACUGUAAUCCCAAAAGGAGUCAGGGCCUGGAGCUGGAGCAGAUCAAACUGUACGGCCGUCAGAUUCUGGAGGGCCUGAAGCUCCUCCACGACAACGGCAUGUUUUUUGGUCACCUGCACACGUCCAACGUCAUGGUGGAAGAAGACGUGUGUCAGCUGCUGGAGGUGGAGAACGGCAUUCUGGGAGUUCCCUCUAUGCUGCGAGCAACGUUCAGCCAACUGAGGAAGAUCAACACCACAGAGAGCAUCGACGUCUUCUGCUUCGGCCAUUCACUUUACGAGAUGACAUAUGGUCGACCUCCCGACAGCGUGCCUGUGGAUCAGUUCCCCGCCGGCCCCCAUACGUCUGUGGUGUCGGUGCUGGAGUCCAUCCUGUCUUCUGAGGCGUGUAAGAGCGGGAUGCCCUCGGUGUCAGCGCUCAUCCAGACGCCGCUCUUCAUUGAUGUCCGGCUCAAACAGUCAGAGAAGCUCCAAAUCAAGGUUCCUAGCAAGCUGAAAGAGGCGCUAAGGGCAGCAAAGGAGAAGCUGGAGAAGCGUCUGCAGGAAGAGCAAAAGCUGCUCCACCAUCAUAGACGGCUGACCCGGGCGCAGUCCCACCACAGCUCAGAAGAGGAGAAGAAGAGGAGGAAGAUUCUAGCGAGGAAGAAGUCCAGACAGACAAAUGUAGAGCACAAAGAGGAUAUUUCUGUUCCAAACAGCAACAACUCUGGUUCUGGAGCCAGUUCACCCCCCACAUGCCCCUCCUCUCCCACACCUUCAUCCACCACAGCUCCUCCACCUGCUCCUCCCGUCCCGGACCGCUCCCCGACUCCACCCCAGCCCCCCCUGCCUGACGGAGCGGGAGGGGGCCGUUCCGCCUUGCUUAGCUCCAUCCAGGCCUUCAGUAAAGGCAAACUGAAGAAGGCCAACACGACGGACCGGAGCAAACCCGUGAUCUGACCCUGUCCAUGGCAUCAGAACCACAACACAAUCUCUGCCCUGCCUCCCCCAUCACUGGAACCCCCCCUAACGGACCUCCUGAUCCUUUUUCCCAUAAGCUCAGCUUUUCUCUGAGUUUGAACGUUUGGACCCAGAAGCUCGGCGUCAUGUCAGGAAUGGCCGUCAGACUUGAAGACAAAGAAUAAAAACCACUGAAGCACCUUAGAUCUGGGAUCUUGCCUGCUGAUCCUGGAUCCUGAAGGGUUUGUCGUCCAGAAAAGACUGAGCUUCGGUUCCUCCCCCUUUGGGUUCCAGAUAAAAGUUGUGCUGCAACAAUCUGAUCGAGCUUUGCCAAAAUAUUCUCCAUUUCAAAAGGGCAAAAUGGGUUGUGAGGGGAUGUUUCCCUCCACCUGCAGAAGCAACACUCCGCUGUACGCUUGGUCUGAGGAUUUUUCAGCCAAAAUCCCAUCAUGGCGUUGAUCCAGGUGGUCCAGUGCAGCCUCAGUCUCCAGAAACUGCUGCUCCUUUCUCCUCUCCAAAAGCCACAACAGGACUGAAGCCUUUGUGAGGGACUUUUGUAUCUCCCUGACCCUUUUUUCUGCAGCAACCCCCUCACCAUGUCACUGUGUCCUGCCAGGGUCCAGGAGGUUUCACCCUGAGCUGUGCCUGUCAGGCACAUGAAUGCAUGUUCAGGGAACAGAACAGGAACAAGUCUUCUCUGCUGGAUGGCCUCUGGGUUUGGGAUUCUUCCAAGAAUAAAGGAGUUUGAACAUUU